UUAAAAGGCUCGACAGGCUAAGACUGCGGUGGGCUAUAGAAGUAGAAGUAGUUUUCUUUCCCUUUCGCUUAGCUUUCUGUCUCUUCUCCUCUUCCCGUCCGCCCAUUGGUUCGGAUGUGGGAUGGGUGACCCCAACAGCAAUAGCAGCGGCGGCAGCAGCAGCGCCACUUGGUCAUUUUCCGGUCCCUCUCCCUCCUCCACUUCAUCCUCUUCUGGCCAGCACCAUCAGGGCCUCAUCUCCUUGAUGGGCCACGUCCCUCCUCCGCCGGCGGUGCAGAUGCUCCUUCCGUCCUGCCGUCCCUCCUCCGGCGUCGGCGGCGGCGGACUCUCCCUCCCUCAGGGCCAGGAUCUUGAACCUCAUGAUUGUGAGAGUGAGGUGGAGGGCGUCGAGGUGGGCGAGGAGCCCGCGAAGCCGGUUCCCUCUCGAGGUUCCGGCUCCAAGAGAAGCAGAGCUGCCGAGGUUCACAAUUUGUCCGAGAAGAGGAGGAGAAGCAGAAUCAAUGAGAAGAUGAAAGCGCUGCAGAAUCUGAUUCCCAAUUCGAACAAGUUAAAUGAUGUUUUGAAGCAGACUGACAAGGCUUCCAUGCUCGAUGAGGCCAUCGAAUAUCUCAAACAGCUCCAGCUCCAAGUACAGAUGUUGUCAAUGAGGAAUGGUUUAAAUCACCCCAUGUAUCUAUUUGGAGCAUUACAACCUUUCCCGGCUUCCCAGAUGUGCAUGGGAUUUGGUGCAGAUAAUGGCACAGCAAUGAGCAUGGGAGUGGGCGUGCUGCCCCCGAACCAAGAUUCAGCUGCUCGGAACUCAUUUGAUCCAUCAAAUCAGUCUACACCUUCCCAUGAAUCUAUAGUCAUACCCAGCGUAAAAAAUGUCACUAAUCCAGAAAAUUCCUGCAAGAUGGGGCCAUCACAUUCUCAGCAGGCUCCUUUUCAGUUACCUGUAUCUGCAGAGAUAUUCACAGGAGACAUGGUGACAAGACGGCAGUUAGCUGCAGGUCAGACUACAAGGAAUCUGCCAGAGAACGAGAUGAAGUGCAUGGCUGUUGCAGCUUCGCAACGUUUUGGUGGGCAACCAUCAUCACUGGUGGAUGACAAUUUGGAAGAAUGUGUCAUAGGUAGAGAAAGGGCAGAAGAUAUGCCAUCCAAGGACCCAGAAAACCGGAGUUUUGUUCAGCAUUUGCAUGGGUAAGCUUCAAGAUCUUGCAGGCUGGAAGAAGGUUUCCCAGUGCUGAUGCAAAGGAAGAACCACUGCAUUUUUGAAGCCCACCACCAUGGCCUUAGAAUGCUUUGCUGACUGCAAACUUCAUUAAGCAACAAAAUAUGCUCACCUGUCCCUUGAAUUGCCAAUGUAUUAUAUAUGUUUUAAGUAACUUGGACGCGGAUGGAUUUUGUAUUUUGAAAUCACAUUCCUUCAGCACCAUGCAGCGUGAAGUGUACUCCAUUGGUGAAGCAAUCCAUGUUUAUUGUAAAAAAGAAAAGUAGAGGUAAUCUUCAUCAACAUUGGAUCCGUUUUGGAUCGAGAAUUUACUUGAAAAGCAUACCGUGUGUUGGCAAUAUUGUACUGGAUGUAUCAUUUGAAGAAAAACCAGGUUUUGUUUGGCAACACA